UACGAGGGGGCUAUGACGGCAGUUGGGAUUCAAGUUGCGGGACUGAUGAUGUUCCUGCGCGUUCGAGCCAUGUACCGCGACAACAGAUAUGUUGUGAUCCUUCUUGCAUCGUUAUUGUUUCUUUGGGUAGCAGUUGGCGCUUGGCUGUUGUCUCAUGGCGUGGCUUGUCGCAUGGAGUUCUCUGAUCGCGUGUAUGGAGUCUCGCAUCCUGCAUGGGCAUGGGUUCCUCUCUGCUAUGAUACGGUUGUCUUUGCUUUGACUUUGAACCGAACAUUGCCCUCGAUACGAAAUAAGGAGGCAGGGCAUGUCAUCUACACGCUAUUCACAAAUGGUGUUUUAUUCUACAGUGUGAUAUGUGCCAUAAACCUUAUCUUUACCGUCAUGAUUGUGAGGGCUCCACAGGGCUUGAAGAACAUUACUGGACAGUACGUCGCAAUGAUGUCACGCAUCACUCUCAGCUUAAAGAAGGAGGGCACACGUGGCCCUGCUUGUCAAAGGCCUGUCCAAGAUGUCAUGAAGCCACAGCCAACUCCCAACUCCCAGACUUCUCCAACGAGAACAGAAUUGUUGGACACGCAAGGUCACACAGGAUCUCUCAAUGGUGUUGUAUCCUCUGAAGGACAGCGAGACAACGAAGUUUGCACCUGCUCCACCUGCUCUGCAGUGACUGAUGCAUUUGACCCUGCGGACGAUAAACGCAGUCGGUACCGGGAGGCAAUAGUUUGAAUAAAAAUUGUUGUACAAACUCCUGUAUGACAUAGACCUGCAAAACUCUUAGCUUUUGCUCCACCUUCCCCCUAAGUUUCAGCUCAAAAUAUCUUAGGGUCUUUGCCCGGUCACAAACUAGUGUAGGAAAAUAGGAAUGUUCCUUUCCUCGAAAGGGUCCAAGAAUGACAAUAUGAUGAUCGAUAGCAGAUUUACGCAGAUUUUUGUAAAUAUGUGCUAUAUUGUUAUAUGUUCUUCUUAGAGAUCCAUCCGUUCA